AUGGGCGUUAAAAAGACCAUGUUUCUCGUGCAGGUGUCUGUCGAGCCUGAAAAUAUCGAGAAGUUUCUCGAAGCCUUUCGUGAAAUCGUCGAGCUCUGCUGCAAGGAGCCCGAAUGUGAGCGCUUUGAGGUCUUCGCAGAUACAGAUGAAAAGGGCCUGUUCCACUGGGUGGAAACGUGGAACGCGAGCAGGGAGUGGGUUGAGAAUGUGAGCCCUGCCACCUUGAUCCUCCGACCUUCUGCGAGGGUCUAG